AAAAAAUAAAAAAAAAAAUAAAAAUAAAAAAGAAUAUGGCAGAGAAUCCAUGGCAGCCUCUUCUCCAGACCUUCGAGAAACUAUCGAGUUGCCUCCAAACUCAUCUCUCCAAUUUCAUGGGCAUCAAAAGUAGUACUCCUCCGCCUUCCUCCUCAUCCACAAUCCAAAACCCCAUCAUCUCCUUAGACUCUCCUCCACUAAUCACAACCAACAACUCUAAUCUUCAGAAACUUCCUCUCAAGGACAAGUAUGUAGGUCCUGUGACUAAAGAAGACCUUGGGAGGGCUACUUGGACAUUUCUGCACACUCUUGCUGCACAGUAUCCAGAAAAACCAACAAGGCAGCAAAAGAAGGAUGUAAAAGAACUGAUGGGGAUACUUUCUAGAAUGUACCCUUGUAGAGAAUGUGCGGAUCAUUUUAAAGAAAUCCUAAGAUCGAAUCCUACACAAGCUGGAUCUCAGGAGGAGUUCUCGCAGUGGCUUUGCCAUGUACACAACACUGUAAAUAGAAGUUUGGGGAAAUUGGUGUUCCCUUGCGAGAGAGUGGAUGCAAGAUGGGGAAAGUUAGAGUGCGAGCAGAAAAGUUGUGAUCUUCAUGGAACUUCUAUGGACUUCUAGACAUCAUUAUAUUAGUUGAAACAUUAUUCCAACAAAGUAAAAGUAGGUUAUAUUAAUUGCAAAGAAUAAAUAAAUAAAAUAAAUGGUUGAAACAAAUUGAUAUUAAUUUUUU